UAAUAAGGUCUUUACACGUCGUCAUACCUUUGUGUGCUACCAACUUCAGUAAAUUCUCAGCCCAAUCACUCUUAUCACCAUCCUCUCUUUUAUCCGAAACAACCAAAGCUCAAUGCGCAUCUUCGAUAGCACUUUCCCUUCUUCCAAGAAGGAGAAAGAGGAAAAAGAAUGGUUAGGAUCAAGUUUCAAGCCAGAGAAUUUUAUACCAGGAAUAGUAAUUGGUUUCAUAAUUGGGUUGUUGAUGGAUUUGUCAAAGCACUCCAAAAGUAGUAACAGCUUGAAGAAGACAAGUAAUUUGCUGAACAGAAAUCAACCUGAAAAGAUUUUGGCACCAUCUAAGGCUGAUGAAGAACUCAAAAUGAGAGCUUUUCCCCUUUCCUGCAUUCGUGGUUUUGUAUUAGUUGUCAGACAAGACCUGAAAAUGGCACAAGGAAAAGUUGCAUCUCAGUGUGCUCAUGCUGCUACUGGCAUGUAUGCAGACCUUAUGCAAAGUGAUCAGUAUCUUUUGAGGCAAUGGGAGCAAUGUGGACAGCCCAAAAUAGUUGUUACCUGCAAGAAUCAGCAAGAAAUGAAUAAGUUGAAGGAAGCAGCUGAGAACAUUGGUCUUCCAACUUUUGUGGUUGCUGAUGCAGGACGUACACAGUCCUCAGAACAUGCGUAUGUUUUUUGGAAUUUUUAUGAUGCAGGUCGCAUCAGGCUCUAGGACAGUUCUUGCAGUUGGACCAGGAAGCAAGUCCGCGGUAGAUUCAGUGACCGGAAAGCUGCGCCUCCUUUGAUGAUAUUGAUAGCAUCUGCUGGAACCCGUAUUCAGAUUUGAGCGGGUAAAUUUGCAGCAACAUUUGAUCCAUGUUUCUUACAGAAGAGAUGCCAUAGCUGCUGACAUGAGGAUUUGAUAGAUGUGCUAAUAUUUUUUUUUGGGUCAAACAAAGAUUUUAUUUAUUUUACAAUGAUACUACAGGGACAGUUUGUGGCAUAACCACUAAACAAGUACCAGCAGAAGUAAGACUAGCUAUAGUAGAAUUCCUAAAAUGUACAACUGGACUGUAGGAAUAUCAUUAUUAGCAAUAUACAUAUUCUGAUGAA